UAAGUACAAUCAUCCAUUGGCGUGUUACAAAACCAAAGUACUUUCACAUCCCUUUUAGCAGAACCAUUAAUCCUAAGCCGCAGACUUAUUCCGUCUGUUUUUGACGAGUUUAAAAUGUGGAUACCUGUGCAGGAUGGGGGUUGAGGCGGCCGAAGAAUUGGAGCAUCGAUUAAAAAAUCUCGUAUCAGCUUUCUCCGCUCGGACCAAGAGAACCAAGGAAAAAAUCGCUAAACCACCGACACCAUCGGACUCUGAAGAUGACUUGGCGGUGGGCGAGGAUGAUCUGUUGGGCCGACUGCGAGAAGUUUGUUCUCCAGGGUCAGAAUUUGAAGGAGAAAGUCGUCGGAAGUCCAUUGCUGAGCGGAUGAAAGGAAGUUGCACAAGAAAACUCAGGAUAAUGCUGAAUUUCGUCACUUGUAGCUACAUUCUGGAUGCGGAUGGUUGGGCCUACAUUUGGUGGCUAAUGGUGGUGUCUGUUUGCUUCAUGUAUAAUGCUGCGGUCAUUCCUCUUCGAGCCGUAUUUCCGUAUCAAACCAAGGAGAAUGUUCACAUCUGGCAGUACUUUGACUUUAUUGCGGACCUCGUCUAUGUCAUUGAUAUAAUCGCGUUCAAGUCUCACAGGAAGUUUCUUCGAGAGGGCUUUUGGAUCAAGGAUCCAGUGGAAACGAGGAAAAGCUACUUUGAAACUUUACAAUUUAAAAUCGACUUGACGUCUUUAUUCCCAGCCGAUAUUUUGGUAGCCAUCACAUUCGGAAACUACCCCCUGCUCAGGAUCCCACGUAUGUUAAAGAUUGACACGUAUUGGGAGCUAUUUCAAAGGUUCGACACUAUUUUGGCUUCCCCUCAUUCUGCACGGAUAACGAAGACGCUGAUUUACAUGGUUUAUAUGAUACACGCCAAUGCCUGCGUGUACUACGGACUUUCAAAGUUUGAAGGACUCUGCUCCACCACUUGGACAUUUUGUGCUGGCAAAGAGGGAAGCGCGUACAUCCGGUGCUUUUACUUUGCGACAAAAACGGCCACCAGCAUUGGGAAGAACCCGAGGCCUGAUAACAAAAUGGAGUACAUGUACAUGACAUUUGCUUGGUUGAGUGGAGUCUUCGUCACCGCCAUUCUCAUUGGUCAGGUUCGGGAUAUCAUCGCAACUGCAACCAAAAACCAAAAUGAUUACCGGGCGUCUGUCUUUGCUGCAGUGAGCUACCUGCAUCGUCUGGGUGUGCACAAGAAGUUGCAAAAUAAAGUCAAGCUGUGGCUUUCCUACACUUGGGAGCAGCAGAAAACUUUGGAUGAAAGCAAAAUACUAGAUCUUCUUCCGGAUAAGAUGCGAACCGAUGUGGCGUUAGAUCUGCACGUUGAAACGUUGAGCAAAGUGAAGUUGUUCCAUCACUGCGAGGUUCCCUUCUUGAGAGAUUUAGUUGUGAAGUUGAAGUCAAUAAUAUUUCUGCCUGGCGACUUCAUUUGCAAAAAGGGGGAGGUGGGACGAGAAAUGUUCAUCAUUCAGAGCGGAAAGAUCCACGUCAUUGGGGGACCGACUGGGACCCAAAUUUUGGUCACUUUAGGCGAGGGAUCCGUCUUUGGGGAAAUAGCUCUUCUGGGAAUUGGGGGUAUGAACAAGCGGACUGCGGACGUGAGGGCAGCAGGCUUCGCUAAUCUGUUCGUGCUACACAAAGAUGGUUUGGAGGACGCUAUUAGAGACUAUCCGACAUCCCAAGAAAUCAUCAAAAAGAAAGCAAAGAAACUGAUGAAAGAGAAUCUUAAAAAAGCAAGGGCUGCGGCUGCCACUGCCGCCCAGGCCGCAAAAGAGUCCGAAGGCAGCACUGAUUCCACGUCACUUGUGGAAGGUGAAGUCAUCAUUAAAGUGAAGGAGGAGCCCAAGCUUAUCGAAACCAUGAAGCAGAUAUUUCCACUCGGGACAAAAAUGGGCCAAUACCUUUCCAGGGGGUCGAAGGGGACGACGGAGCUGGAAGUUGAAUUGGACAGAUCUAUUGACCUUAUGACAAGCUACCCUCCUACACCCUACGUUCCUGGGUCUCCAAAUCACAUCAGCCUUGAGCUCGACAUUUCAAUGAUGACAGGAGACUCCUCCGAUCAGCAGCUAUCACCUCCACCGCCUUCACAACACCAUUCGCCAACUGUCAACAGUUGCGUAAUCAGCCCCACGCUCCGAAAAAGAUUUGCAGACUUUGACCCUGCACAAGACCUUCGUCAUGAGAGCCUCGCCAGCACCAGCAGCAGCGUGGAUGAGCUGAAAGACUAUUUGGAUGGUGAUGGUGAUGAUCUACGCGAGGGUUCCAACCUGCCAGACACAUCCGCACCAAAAUGUAGAAUUGGUCCCAUUGCACGUAAUAUUGCGAUUGAAAUUGAUAAAAAAGCAUCCUCCUCGACGGAUGAUGAAAGGAAUCUGAGGAAUUAUGGGCAAGUUCCGGCAAGUUCUUCGAGAGAAGUUCUGCCAUUGGAGCUGAGACCUCCCGUGUAUCCCAUUUUGCCUGAAACAAGUCCAGGGGCGACUUUGAGUAGCAGUGAAGAAAGCGUGGAUCCAGAUGGAAUGACCACAAAAAGUGAGAAAACCAAGGUCAAGCGCUCUGGGAAAGAAAUGACAUCCAGAAUGGCUGCAAUCAUUGCUUCUCGUUUCCUUACAUCGAUGAGGCCCAAGGCGCCACUGAAGCGACAACAAGAGCUGGAGGAACAACAGGAUGUUGAAAAGACGGAAAUGGGAAAGACUGUCGAUACCGAUGAAGACGUCGGCGAUUCAGAUUGGUCUGAUGAUGAUAAACAUGACUAGUUAAAACGAAGUUCUACUAUUGUACAUACUUACUUUUAUGUAGAUCUGCAUCUGAGUAGUUGACCAUGCUUUAUAAAUAGUACUGCUUAUUAACUAGUAUCUACCCAACUCUUGAAUCAAAAAUUUCGUAUUUUACAUUUGUCAACAGUGGCAUAAAUUGGCCAUGUACUUUGAACGACCAUGUGUAUCCCAACUUUAUGUAUUUAUGUAUAUUUGCAUGGUUGCUUAAAAUCGAACCUGCUUCACAAAAUCUAAUAAAAUAGUUCAUUUUGUGUAUUUUAAUCCCACUGUUUUUCUAAACUGUAUAAAGGAUGAAUUUCACUGUAUAAUAUCAAAAGUCAUUGUGCAUAUAAAUAUGAUACUUGGUUAUUACUUGCGGAACUUUAAAAUUCCCAGCCUCAGUCAAAUUUCAGUGAGUUAGUUACAUUUUGGCAUGAGUGACACGACCGCUGCUGGCGUGAGGUCAUGCGGGUCAAAAAUUGUAGAUCGAGUCGAGCAGGAGGUAACCACACAGGCGUCUCUCAGUAUUAUCUUACAACGGAAACAAAUCAAAAUCCACUUUGAAGUGGUAUGAAAUGUCAAUUAAACAUCACAAGACAAAUAACACUCGACCGCAUGCAUGUCCUCCUGGUACAAAAUCCCAGCUUUGUUUCCAGUAAACCACACAUUGAACUAAUAUGUCAAAGUCUGCACUGGAUUCCACCAGGUCACCGAAUGCUCCUGUCCUCCGAACAAAAUCAUUUUCACCGUUGCUCGAGAUUAAUAAAUACGUGAAAGGAAAGUGAAAUGAGGGGCUUCAUCUCCACCUCCAAUUUGUUCCACGAGGCAGGCACCAACAUGGUUUCAUCGAAUGGUAAAUAUGUGGAUUUUAACAAUAGUUAGUCAAAACAAGCUUUAAUUAAGUGAAUAACAAGGAUUACUCGACGAAAACACUGGGAUUGGCAGGUUUCAUUGCAGAAUAAAACAUGGUGGGCGUCAGUCGGGAGUGCAACAGCAACAUGUAAUUACGUCUAUAAUAGAUUAGCGAGUAUGUGUGUGCGAACGAGGCAUUGUGAACUUACAAUAAACCUCUUUAUACCGUGCAAACGUGUAGAGUAAUGUCAUGUAGUCGAUCUUUUCAAUGAUUGAUGCAAUCCAUUGAAUUCUCACCCAAUUCAACUAAACAGCAAGCUCCAUUUCUUUAAAGUACGCACAUAUAAUUAAAUUUCAUCAAUAAAUGGCAAUUCAAGAACUUACUUUGGGUUACACAACACAUUACGUACUUUACACAGAAACUCAUGGGUGGUUAAACUUAUAAAUAUAAGGACGAAAAUGGAAAGCUGCCUUGUCAACUAUAUUUCAUCGUGGGGUGACGAGAAUCCGAUCAUUGGUGACAUUUCCAACAAUGAAGUUUUUGACACUCGUUGCCGUCGUUUGCGUCCUUCUUCAGAACACGGAGGCUGGAAACGAUCGUCCGUACGGAGUUGACCAACAAGGUUUUACUGGUGCGGGUAGCGUGGGACAGGACGCAAGUGCCAAUGGCUACGCAGGGAGUUCCCUGGUAGCACCACUCGCUUCGGAAGGAUUCAACAGCCCACGGCAACGAUAUUCGCCUAGCUCUGCUUUCCCAGGCAACCCCAACGGAAUUGGUUUCGGUGGCUUCGGUUGGCGUCCGCAGCAGAGCAGUGGAAGAUAUUAAAAUGCUCCGUCAUCAAAAUUUAAUGUCGAACAUUUUCAGCAUUCGUGAAGAAAUGCGGCGUCUACUCUUUGCCCGUACCAUUUACACACCAAGUGCCUGUAGCGUCGCUCGUGCGUCUAUAGCGUAUGUAGAUCUGACCCAAUCAGCAUUCAUGGGAAAGACGUAAAUCUGAUCCAAUCUAGAAAUUAAUUAAAUUAUUGUAAUUGAAGGAGCAAUAAAACAGUCCAAAGUCUAAGAUUUAAACGAA